CCUGUCUCCCAAGUCCCUGGUCUCAAGCCCCGCCGUCUCCCAAUCCCAGUCCAGUCCCAAUUCACACUAUCGCGCCGGCCCAGCAGCAACCACCACCGCAACGAGCUGCCAAUAUCUCUGGUCAAGUUGUCACCAGCCCAAAGAGACAAGACACUCUCGCCCACACUCUCCCACGCAGUUGCAAGUCACACAAGCAAGCGGCCAAGGUCUUUAUUAUUAUUUGCCUAGCAACCAGCCCAGCCCAGCCCAGGCCGACCCGGACGACACAACGGUACAUCGCUGGAAGCGGAAAGUCAUCCCAAAGAAAGAAGAGAGAGAGAGACAUCAGCCCGUCCUCGUUGCGCAUCCAAACACUCUCUCCCUCCUUCUCCCUCGUCCGCGCUCUCUCGUUUCACUGUCUCUUGAAGCUACACAGCACUUGCUCUCUCACUUUUUGCUUUGGGUGCAGACAGGGCCACCCGUACUGUACAAUACCCCUGCGACAGACAGACCAAAGACAAGCUCGACCCGUGCCUGAACAGCUCGGCCCAUAAGGUUCAACAGGCAGAUGAGAGUCACGGUCCUGAGACGGGACAGCACACUCACGAGCGACCUGAAGCAGCUGCCUCAUGCACGGUGCGGCAGUCACCCCAGCCGUACCGCAACCGCAACCGCAACCGCAGACUGCGAGACUUGCAGCAAGAGACUUGCAGACUUGCAGCAGGAGACCAACCGUACCUGCAACGGCAACAGCACCCGCGGUGAAGCAGUCCUAGUCCUGCCUGCAUCUGUCUAAUUUCUCACUCGCCCUCCUCCUCUCCCCAUCCCCCCCUCCAAUCCUACGCCCUCGAUUUCCUCGCCCGCUCUCGCUCGCUCGCCUACAUCCAAAUUCGAAAUUCCGAUCCAACCCAACAGCCCCAGCCCCAGCCCCAGCGGCAGCACGACAGCCUAGGCCAUCCUGAGCAAGACGAGGACAGACAAUAUUACCUACCACCAACCUACCGACCUGCCUGCCUGCCUGACAGCGACCCUGUUCGUACCCUUUGGCCUUGGGGCCCUAUCCUGUCCAUCCUGUCCAGCCCUGUCCAGUCCUAUCCUCUCUUGUUUUGUCCUGUGUGUGUUGUCCUGGACUGUCCUAGCCCACACCACACACACUAGGUACUACUACACCCCCCCUCCUCUUCCUCUCGCUUCCCGCAUCCUACUCCCCCGUCUUUGGGCCUGGGCGGCUGAAUCGUGCCACCCUUAGGUUUCGUCCUUUUUAAGAUUUAAUACAGCACCCCCCCGCCGCUCUUUUAAUCGUUCCCGCAUCCCUCCUCCCUUAUGAGCUCUCUGAAUUCCCGCUUGAAACAGCUUGGCUUUGCGAAACGCAAAUCGAGUGCCAGCAUCCAGUCGCCAGACCUAUCGCAGAGCCAGAGUCGCACUCCCCCGCCGCAGGGCUCGUCCCAAUCGUCCACCCACAACAGCACUCCCCCAUCCCACGUCCGACCCGCCGGCCAAGCUCCCUCCAUUGCCUCCAACUCCUCGCAGCAGUCCCUGCCCCAGAUGAACCACCCCGGCCAAGGGCAGCGGCCACCGAGCUACACGGCUGGAUAUCCUGGACAAGCUCGAACUCCUCCUACGCAGAUGGUCGGUGGCCCUCCACCCAUCAACACCGGAGCUCCCCCCGUCGCCGGUUACCCCCCUCAGCUACCACCAAUGCAAGGCGGCCCGCCAGUCGCCGGAGGCCCGCCAGGCUACACUGGCGGUGCCGGAGGCUACGGCCCUCCCCCGAGCCAGAACCUUCCCACCGCAUCGUAUACCAGACCUGCUGCCGAGGUCGAGGGCAACAGCAGGAGCAAGGCGCAACUGAUCGUCGGCAUUGAUUUUGGCACAACAUUCUCCGGUGUCGCAUUUGCAUUCGCAACAAAUAACGAGGCAAAAGAGGACAUCAUCACAGAAUGGCCGGGUGCCGGAUCAUACACAAAGCAGAAGAUCCCCACCGUCCUCUACUACGACCAAUACCAAAAAGUUGUCGGCUGGGGCCCCGAUAUCGCCGAUGCCCUCGCACCAACAGGGUAUCCCAAGCCAGGGGUGCAAAAGGUGGAAUGGUUCAAGCUGCAGUUGAUGCUUUCUGGUAACACCUAUAUCGACCCUAUCAACCUGCCACCUCUGCCACCAGGGAAGUCCGAGAUCGAUGUCGCCGCGGAUUACCUGUUCAAGCUCCGCCAGGCCAUGCGGGCUGCCCUGCAGAAGACCCUGGGUGAGGUCUUUAAUCGAGAGGAGCGCAACAUUCGGUACUACCUGACGGUGCCUGCUAUCUGGAACGACGCCGGGAAGGCUGCCACGAGGGCUGCUGCUAUCCAGGCCGGCUUCCUCCGGGACGAGAACGACAACCGAUUGACCCUGGUCUCCGAGCCCGAGGCUGCUGCGCUCUUCUGUGCAAAGACCGGUCUCCUCAACCUCAAAGUCCAUGACGCCCUGCUUAUCGUGGAUUGUGGUGGCGGUACAGUCGAUUUGAUCGCAUAUGAGGUCGAGGACGAAAACCCAUUCACAGUCGCCGAGUGCACAGCCGGUUCCGGAGAUUCCUGCGGCUCGACCGCCCUGAACCGCAACUUCAGCAACAUAUUGAGGACCAAGAUCAGGAAGAUGAAGCUACCGGACGGAUCCAAGACCGCAGGCCGCGUGUACGCAAAGUGCAUCAUGGACUUUGAGAACCGUAUCAAGGCAGAUUUCCGCAACAACGGGCAAAAGUGGGCUGUGGAUGUGGGCAUUGAGGCCGAGUUCCCAGAGGCCGGUAUCGAGGAGGGUUACAUGACAUUCACCAACGAGGAGAUCCUGCAGUGCUUCGAGCCCGUGGUCAACCGCAUUCUCGAACUCGUGCGCAACCAGAUCAUCGCGAUACAGGCGCAGAACCGCGCGCUGCAAAACAUCUUGGUUGUCGGUGGUUUUGGUGCCUCCGAGUACCUCUUCCAGCAGAUCAAGCUGCACGUGCCCCCUCAGUUCCAGUCCAAGGUCGUGCGGCCCAUGGACUCUGUUGCGGCUAUUGUCAAAGGCGCUGUCACUGCCGGCAUCACUGAGCGCGUCAUCACUCACCGUAUCGCACGGAGGCACUACCUCAUGGCCACCCUGCAGCCAUUCAAGGAGGGCUACCACCCAGAGGCAUACCGUGUGCCCUCGCUUGACGGCAAGGACCGAUGCAAAUUCACGCGACAAAUCUUCGUGCAAAAGGGUCAAAAGGUCAAGAUUGGAGAGCCCGUUAAGGUCUCUUUCUUCCGCCAAGUCGCACCCGGAGCGACGCUCAUGUACGAAGAUAUCCUAUAUGCUUGUGAUGACGACGUUUGCCCCGAGUACACUAAGGAUCCUCGAAUCAAGGAGGUUGUCACGCUGACUUCGGAUCUCUCGCGCAAGAACCUCGAGAAGGACUUCGAGCGCAUGGACACGCCACAAGGCACGUUUUACCGCGUGUACUUCGAUAUCUACCUGACGCUGGACGGGUCGGAGUUCAGCGCCGAGCUAGUCUGCCAGGGCGAGGUCAUGGGCCGUUGCAGGGCGAGGUUCAGAUAGGAGGGUCAGUAGCGUAAACUAACUGAGUGACGAUUUCUUGAGAUCUGGCGUGGGAAGAAGCAAAACAUCUGGAAUGUGGGUUUUCUCGCAUCGUCUACGUUCCGACGUUAUUGGGGGGGGGGGGGGAUUCGAUUUUGGUUUCUGCUUUUGAGUGGCCCUCCCACUGGCUGAGGCGAUUGAUACCACGACCCGCAGGCAUGACCAUCUACAUACAACAACACAUGAAAAUAAAAAGAGGAGAGCGUGGUGGAAAGCGAGAGCUUUCGGCUUUAUAGCAGCGUCUAGCGCAUUAGAUGGUUACCUAGGUAAUCUAAUCUUGUAGUAAAGAGCAUUGAAGUCAUGAAGAAGCUUACAAUGUUCCUACUAUUUUCCGCGUAAUGAGAGCUCGUCAUUAGGAG